AUGGUUAAACGCAAGGAUUGGCGGGAGACCUCAAGUCUUGCCCCUUCGAGCCCACCAAAAACAACAGUUAGUCUGACGACGAGGUCAACGACACCUACAAGCCCGGUCAAGAUUCCUACCACCAACAACCGAUAUGGCGCCCAUCCUCAAAAGCGUCACUCGUCACAGAGGAAACGAAGCAGUGACUCACGAUCUUCGGAUAAGCUUUCACCGUCUCUCGUUGCACUCUUGGCCGUUACAGAUAUUCCUCGACAUAAGCAGCUUCAAAGGCGCCGCCGCCGUUCCGAGAAGACCCUAACUGUGCAGGAGGUUAUUGACUGUCAGCAUGCUUCAGAAAAGGAACUGAGCUGGACAUUCGGUAGCCCUCUGGACAUGCUUCUAUCCCCACCUCAGGAAGUUGCCGACGAUGAUGAUAGUGUGAGCGAUUGCAACAUUGGCUCCAGUAUGUCAACAAGAACUUAUUCCAUCGAUUCCAUUCCAUCUCUGGACGAGUCAUUCUCUAGCGAGUGCCUCUCAUCUCUCGGAAGCCCAAGGACACCUAGUCCAUGCUCUCGCAGGACUAAUUUGACUCCUAUGCGAAAGUCGCUGGAGCCUGUUAUCUCUCCACCUGGUUCCGUUGAUGAACAUCCACUGGCCCGAGAAGAUGUUGAUGUCGAUGAGCUGGACUUCAGCACUCUCAACCAGCCUGAGGAGGCUCAGCCCAAGUCUCAGUUCCUGGAGCCCUUUAAGCCCUUGAGGUCUGUUUUCAAGUCAAAUCUCACCGCUUCACUCCGAGCCCUUCGAUCAGCGGCCCGAUCGUUCUCGGUUCUGAACCUUCCUUCUAUCCCACCGGAUGAUUACUUAACUCGAUCUAUUCUCACCAUCGACCCCAAUGUUCCCUAUGCUGAUGAGCGUCGGCCACCCGUUUCUGAGGAAAUGCCUUCCGCAGCAGUUCGCCGUUAUCUCAAUCCUACCACCAACGCAAGAAUCGAACCGCCAACCAAGACCGUUUUCGCCGGAACUUUUGCUGCAUCAAUUCAGAUGCGAACUUACAAGAUCCAGCGCUCCCGAACAGCCCCGGGUUCUACCCGAAACUCUUAUCCAUCAACAUCGCUCCAGUCGCAGCCAGCCCCUGUCCCUCAGCAGCCACAGCCGCAGGUCCCCACUCAAUCUGUCCCAGGCAUGCGACAGCGGGAAAUGCGUGAGAACUCCGACUUCAUCCGUAUCGCUGUCAUGGAAAUGGCGAUGCGCAAGCGCGGAAAGCUCGACGACCAGCGACCGGGCCGAGCUCGUUUCGCACUUCCUCCACGACAAACCUCAACGAAGCCCUACGAGAUGGGAGUAAACGGUGUCCCGGCUCGCUGGAUUCCUAUCACAGCUUAG